AUGGGCACCCCGGCCUCGGUAGUGAGCGACCUUCCGGGGCGGGCGGUCACCGCAACUCGCGGUCGCAAGCGGGCCUCGGCCAACAUCUUCCAGGGACUCGGGCUGCCAGAGCUGCGGAACCUGUUCCGGAGCGGUGGGGCCGAACGGCCCGAAGAGCGCGCCCGCCUCGUCUGGCGGUACGCGGGCCAGCGGCGCAUGGCGCGAGCACUGCGGCGGCUUCGGCGGUGGCCAUCCCAAUCCGGAGGCGGGACGGCAGCCCUGCGGCACUUUGGCCGCCUGCGGAUCGCGGAGGAGCUGGAGGGCGACCGUAGGGCAGAGGGGCCCUCGGGGUCCACGUAG